GAAACAUUUCAGUUAAGUCGAGUUCAUAGGCGGGAAGGGACUGAUUUUCUCACAUGCAGCUUUCACGCAAUCAGCUUUCAAAGCGAUGACAGUAUGACGAAGCAAUUGUCCCAAUACACUUCGCAGAAAAAACCUGGCCUAAACACCCACAGGAACCAACCUAAAGCAACAGUGGCAAGGAAAAACUCCCUCUGGCAGAUGGGAAGAAACCUCGGAAGGAACCAGUUGAUGAUGAACCAGAAGUUCCAUUGCAAAAAAAACAAACAAAAAAACAAAACCAUGUAUGAAUGACGUCACGUCUUAGUAAGGUGUGAACAUAGGUAGCCGAAUGAGAGGAAGCCCUUAACUGGUUUCUCAGUGGAGCAAAUGCGUUAGCCACCCCAGUAACAGGAGGACACGUCCCAAUCUGUGUGGAACUGGUCUCUCAGUCGUGAAUACAUCCGGUGGGCGGAGCCAUGUUGCGGUGUUGGGCCAUCCUCCUCUUCUCCGCCUGUUUGUGUCAUCCAGCUCUGGGACAGAGUGUCAGCUGCCUUUGGGAAGAGUUUUUCCACAUUGGGCGUAAUUUGUCAGGGGCGUGCCAGAUACAUCAGCCACUGGGGUGUCAGGGCCAAUCCCUUCGUCUCGCCGCCGAUGGACAGGUGCUUCUGCCCUAUCGCCACACUCAUGACACCGGCUACUUCACGGUCCCUGCAGCGUCGGGGACCCGCCUUCACCUGCGGUGUACGCUCACCUGCCUUGGACUGGAACCAAACGGAGCAUGUGACAUCACACUUCGUGGAAGCUACCCUCCGUCUCCCCCCUCCCAACCUCGGUGCUACAUCCCCAGUGGUGGGCAUGACCUGCACUGUGACUGGGACCCUGGAGGGGACGCCCUGCUCCCUGUGAACUACACCCUCGCCUGGCGGCCCGUUUUAAAUAGUUCAAGGUUUCCUGACGGCAUUGCGGUCACCACGACGAACGGCAUCAUCCCACGCAGAGAGAUCCAGAGACAAAGCAAAAUGUCCGUGUGGGUCAACGCCAGCAACGCCCUGGGCUCUGAGAAGUCCCGCAUAAACACCUUCAACACCGGUGAUGUCGUGAAACCCCCCGCCCCGGUGAUCAAGCCUGGCCCCGUUCUCCCCUAUGAGCUGGAAAUCCAAUGGAAAGUGGAGUGUCCCUCUCCCUUGCUGGAGGACAUAAGCUGCCAGGCCCAGUACCGCAGACAGGACCAGGACAUCUGGACCGAGGGAGAGCAUGUGGCCCAGGACUCGUUCCUGUUGGAAGGGGUAGAGGCCGUCUCUGCCUACAUGUUCCGGGUGCGCUGUGCCUGCCCUGGAGGUCAUCAGCUCAAAAGCGACUGGAGUGACACUUACACUGCAUGGACCACUGAGGCCGCUCCUGUAGGAGUUCUGGAUGUGUGGAGUGACUCCCGGGAGAUGGACCAGGCUGUAGUUUGGAAGGAGCUACCUGUUUCCAAGGCACGGGGCAUAGUGCUGGGGUAUGUGGUGACAGUAGGCCGAGUGGGGGGCAAUAGGACGGAGCUGAAUGUAUCUGCAGCGGGGCUGGGGGCGAGGCAGGGGGGCGGCGCUGACAUCGGGCCCUGCUGUCGCCUCCCGCUCCCUCUACUGGGGGUCACGGGGGUCAGCGUGUCAGCUUACAACUCUCAGGGCAGCACAAGCCCUGCCCCCUUGCCCCUCCCCACGACAGGUACCCUUGUGCCCGGGGUUCUCUCUGUCUCCAUGACGAUGGGAAGGCGCGGCUUCAAUAUUUCCUGGGACCCACCUUCCUCCAUUGCUGAAACCGUACAGGAAUAUGUGGUGCAGCAGGAAGAGGCGGGACUCCAGUUCGCAAAGGGUUUUGAUUGGACAAGGACAAACAAGACUCAGAGAAGCAUCAUUCUGACAGGCGACUUUGAGGACUACGCCCCCUACAAUUUGUCACUGUUCGGCGUCUUCGGUGGUCACAGCACUCUGCUUGGGUCUGCCAUCGCGUACGCGCAACAGGGGGUGCCCCCUGUAGUGCCGGGGUUCCAGGUCUCCAGGAUAUCCUCCUCUGAUGUCACUCUCACAUGGCAGCACAUCCCCCUGACCCAGAGGAGGGGCGUGAUCCAGUGCUACCACCUGGGACAGGGCAACCGCACAGAGUACACUGUAAGCAAAGACAGCACCAGUGUGCAGGUGUUGGGUUUGCAGCCUGGCCAGGUGUACCAGUUCUGGAUCGUUGCCGAGAGUGAGGCAGGAGAGGGGCUGAAGCACACGGUCAAAUUCCACACCCCGACCCACACAGGUUACAACAUCUUCAUGUUGGCCCUGGUUCCCUUGUGCACUCUCGGACUGUUUGUUAUUUGUUUGUUGUGCAGACACAGGAUGGCAGUCUACCCUAUCGUUCCAGCCUGGUGCUAUGAGAAAGUGCCUGACCUGGCCAACAGCAAGCUGCUCCUGCAAAUGCAGACCCCAGUUUGGACCGGGCCCUGUCCCGCCGUGGAGCCCGAUCCAAACAUUUGUCUGCUGGAGAUAAUUGAGGCCCCGCCCCAGAAGGGAAGCCUCGCGGGGGGAGAGGAGGAGGAGGAGCAGGAGCAGGAGCAGACAGAUGAGCAGGAGGAGUGGGAGGACAGUGGGAGCGGCAGGAAGGGGUCGGCGGGGAGGAGCACGGAGGAGAGCGAAGGCUACGCGGCCGUCGCUGGGGAGGAGAUUCAGGUCUUUUCGGACUACGAGAAGCACUUCAUGCCCUGUCCCAUGGAGGUGUACGGUCCAGCCACCAACCUUUGAUUCCAGUAGGGGGGUGAGAGAGGGGAGUGUAAAGGCAUGGGGGGGGGGGGGGGGCGGUCGAUAUGAGAUAAGUGACACUCAGGAAUGUAAGCACACAUUGUCAGUGGUGCCAUUUUCUUAAAGGUGAUCUUUGCUCCGAUUCUUUCAUCAUUUAUACUGCCAGUAUGGGGGUUGUUAUUUAAAAAAAAAAUUAAUAUACUGUAUGAGUAUAUAAGUUAUGUGUGCGUGUGUAUAUAUGAAGGUUUGUGUGUCAUAGAAAAUGCUGCCUUUAAUAAUGUAUUUAUGUUUAAUACAGUUUUUGUUUACAACAGGAACCGUAUAUAUUUUUAAUACAAAGUAUUGCUUUACAUUUGAAUUUGUAACUCAAUAAAGGUCUUGUAAUAUAAAAUAAUAAAAUUGUAUGUUUGUUGUAUUUUCUAUGAAAUUUGAAAUGCAUAAAUAAAAUCGGUAUGGUUGUAUUGUGGGUUUAAA